AUGGCUGCUUGCAUAUCAUCAUCAUUAGGUCAUAUUGAUCAUCAAUAUUCAUUCAAGAAAGUUGAUGAUGAUUUUUUCAACAUCAACAAAUUACCAUGCCUAAAAAUGGUGGCUGCAUCUCUAUACAUACCCAAAAAUAACCCAAAGAAACUAUUAGGCGAAGAUGCACACUUCAUCUAUGAAUCAUACCAAACUAUUGGUGUCGCUGAUGGCGUUGGUUAUUGGGCUAAACUGGGAAUCAAUGCUGGAAUUUACGCGAGAAAGCUUAUGAGAAAUUCAAUUAAAAGGGCGGCCCGGAAGGGAAAAAUUAUAUACAAGUCGCAGAUACAACAAAAGGGAUUUGGGUGUCCGUAUCAAUUGGGGAAGUACAAGGAUAAUCCUAGUAUUGCUCAGGAGAUGGAAUUAAUCGUCGAAAAAGAUGAUAUUUUGAUUGUUGAGACGGAUGGGAUGCUUGAUAAUAUGAAUGAAAGUGAGAUUGAGAAAAUUGUUCGAAAAGGGAUUAAUAGGAAGUUAAAAGCAGAGGAGUUGGUUGGAAAAAUUGGAAAGGUUGUGUGGUAUAACUCAUUUGAUAGAUUUGCAGAUACACCAUAUGCAAAAACAGCUAAGAGGGAAGGCCUUAGUCAAACACACAAAGGAGGAAAAAUUGAUGAUAUUACUGUUAUUAUAGCGUAUAUCAAUUAA